UGACCAAAUACCACCAUACGACCACCAAUCGAUUGGUGAAAAGAAAAAUGUAAAAUUUGAAGUGGGAGGAGGGCUAUGUUAAUGCUAAAAAAUUGUUAUGGAUUUUCAAAGUAAACCGAAAACCACCAAACGUUUUGAAUGGACUACCAAAUACCACCAAACGACCACCAAUCGAUUUAUAAAAAGAAAAAUGUCGAAAGUCAAAGUGGGGGGACUAACUUUGCGGAGCUCGCCGAAACCAGAGAAAAAUUGAGACCACCAAAAACAGGCUCAUUGGCAAUCUCCCUACUUAUCUCUACUCUACUUACGAGGAAAAAUGUACUAAAAAAUUAAGCUUAAGGCUGGUCCGCCAAAGGUUCAAUCAAAUCAUUGGUCCAGCUCUGUAUUCUUCAAUUGUACCCAAAACAAUUUUGUGCACCUGGCACUUCGCCCUCUACGAGGGCAUAAAGCCACAAGGAAUAAGAAGAAUAAGAAUAAGAAUACGAAACAUAGUGCUCCAGAGCACUUAGAAACGUUAAAAUAAACAGGCAGAAAGAAAAAUGAUAAAUAUUGAUUAUGAUUAUAAAAAUACUAAGCUCUCAAUAACAUUUGCAUCACUAGAAUAGAAUGUUGAUUCAUAAUGUACAUACAAAUACGUUUAUGCGAUCAUUGGGAAAGACCAUUAUAACUUAGAAUAAUGGAAUCACUUGAAAGGAAUCAUACUACUGAAGACAAUGUAAAUGACAGAAAUGUUGAUUGGUCCAGGUUUGGACUUGGAAAUAAUGACAAUCAAAGAGUUGAACGGAGAGACAAUGAUGGAUAUGAAGAGUUUAAUCCGGGAAUGUAUCAAACUGGAGUAAAUGAAUUAUUUGCACAGGAAUAUAAUUCUGAUCCAUGGUGGAAAUCAAAUUUUUUUUUGUCACAACCAGUUCUCUUUGGUACUUGGGAUGGUGUCUUCACUUCAUGCCUUAUUAAUAUUUUUGGAGUAAUAGUUUUUCUUCGAUCUGGAUGGAUUGUUGGUCAGGCUGGUGCUUUAAAUGCUGUUUUAAUCAUCUUGUCAACUGUUAGCAUAGCGCUAGUCACUGUACUGUCUGCUGUUGGAAUUUGUGAAAGAUGUCGAGUGGAAAGUGGAGGAGUAUACUUUCUUCUUUCACACGUUCUUGGUUCCAGAUUUGGUGGUUCUAUUGGUUUACUAUACUGUUUUGGUCAGGCUGUGGGUUGUGCACUGAACGUUCUGGGAUUCGGCGAAUCAAUGGCAGGACUUGUUGGUCUCCAAUCAGCUUGGGUGCAGCGUGGAUUUGCAUGUGCUGCUGUUAUUCUUCUGUCCGUAAUUAACGUGGCGGGUGUUAAAUGGGUCGUAAAGCUCCAAUUUGUUUUGCUUAUUAUUCUUCUAUUGGCUGGUGUGGACUUUAUAAUUGGGAGCUUCAUUCACGAAAACGUUGAAGUGGGAUUUGAAGGCUGGUUGUCAGGAAAUUUAAAAAAUAACACUUUUUCUGCAUACGAAGACGGUUACGGCUGGUUUACCGUUUUCGGUGUUUUUUUUCCAACAGUAACUGGCGUAUUAGCUGGCAUUAAUAUGAGUGGUGAUUUGAGGCACCCUUCUACUGACAUUCCGAAUGGAACAUUGGCAGCUUUGGGCACAGGGACCUUCCUUUACUUGUGUUUUUCCCUGUUUCUCGCAGCAACCUGUACUAGAACUGCAUUACUCACAGAUUUUAUGAUUGCUUCUACCGUUUCUGCAUUCUCAGUCCUAUUGCUUGCUGGACUUUAUGUGUCUUCAUUUAGCAGUUGCUUAGGUGCUAUGUACGGUACUCCUCGUGUUCUUCAAUCCAUCGCGAGUCAAAAUGUCAUUCCUGGAAUGAGCUGUUUGCAACGAGGAAGGGGGCCCAACAAAGUUCCAGUUUAUGCAAUGAUAGUCGUGGCUAUAGUAACACUGACUUUCAUUAUUACUGGCCAGAUCAACACAUUAGCGCCAAUCGUGACGAUGCCAUUCCUUCUAACUUAUGCGUGCAUGGAUUAUGCCUAUUUCGCGUUAGCUCAAACAUUUGAUAUUCGACAUACACGUGAACAGAGGUUUGAUGUGCAGUCACCGACCUUUGAUCGAAAUUACGGUUCAGCAGCGCAUCAAGAUAGUAUUUCGGAAAUUGAGAAUGACUUAGAUAGCCUCUUUCCAGAGAGAAUCCGUCAUAAAAAUCUAACGAGAAAUCCCAGUAUUUCGGAAAGUACAAGUCAUUUAGAAUCAUCUCCCAGUAUUGAGGGAAAUGGAAGUGUUGUCAAUGAUGCAUCUGUGCGGAGGCCAAAUAUUCAUAAGAAAUUGGGAAACUGGUAUAGUCCGCUUUGCAACAGAUGGUUUUCUUUGCUUGGGGCCCUGAUAAAAAUACUCAUAAUGUUUCUGGUCCAUUGGGGCUAUGCCAUUGCGAACAUUGUUGUCGUUUUCGUGGUUUGGAGCUAUGUAGGCCAUGCAAACCCAGCAGUCAAACCAGGAGUCUCGGCUGAAUUUAAGUUCUUCGAAUGGCUAAGGAAUUUACUUCUCAGAAUAAUGGGGAGGCGAGUAUACGACUAUGAGCAAAUAAUUGUGACAUCAGUUCAUCCAGGUGUUGAAACUCGCUCAGCACAACUUAAUGAAGAGAAUGAAGAUUUUGCUAGUAGACGAAGAUAUCAUCAAACAGCAACAGUAACAGGUCACUAUGUUAAUGUUGAUUAACAAUAUAACUGUAUCUUAAGUGGGCUUCACAAAAGACUUCCUGCCUAUUGUCAAAAAAGUUCCCACUGUUAACGAAUUUAGACAUUUGGAGCUACUAUAUUUUAUGCUUGUGUUAUUCUUAAUAGUAGUAAAAUAAGAACAAAUAUCGUGGGCACAAAUUCGCAGAUAAUGCUGCUAUUUAUAUAAUUUAUAAACAAUCAAUGCUUUUGUACUCACUUGAAUGUAGAAUUGAUAAAAUUGUACUACAAACGGAUGAAUUAGCUUAAGUAACCAUGUAAGUGAAAUGUAAUUGUUGCUUAUAGAAUUAUGGAUGAGCAAGAAACCUUUUUGUUUAAACUAGCACAUUUCCACUUAACUACAAUUUAAACCUCAACUUUUAAUUAAUUAAGUAUUAAGUUAUAAAGACUUAUCUUUGCAAUAAGAAUAAUGUUUGUAUUACAUUCAAGUUUAGUAGUCAAAUUAAAAUAUGAAUAUUAAGCUCUCAA